AUGCAAUAAAUUGACUUAGAUAAUCAUCAUUUAAACUUCUAAUUAGAACUACAAUAUGCAAGAGCAAGAUAACGAUAGAGAAGAAGAAAUGUCAUCCUAAUUGUAUUUGCUAUUAUGUCUAUCUUCUAUGUAUUCAUUCAACCAAAUCAAUAUGCCAAUAAAUAAAAUCAAAUUCCAUAUUCUUAAAAUAAUAGUACUAAUGAUGCCAUCAAUAUUACAGAGACUAAUUCAACUUUACUUGAAAUUUAAAAACAUUUUGAAAUUUUAGAAAAGAUACUUAUUAACUAAUUUCAAGGAAAAUGGACUGAUUCAUAAUAAUCAGAAAAUAAUUUAGCAGAAGCUAAUUUCUAUAAAACUUCAUAUCAAAAUCGAUUUCAAAUACAAUUAUAAUUGAAACUCAUAGAAGGAUAAUUCUUAGAAGAUUAUUAUAAUCAAUUUUCAUUUUAUUUGAAUUCAUCAUAAUUAGUUUUACCACUUGAAGACAAUAUUUUUGUGUUUGAAAAUGUUAGAGGAUUUUAUAGAAGAUCUAGUGUUUUUGAAAAUGAUGAAUAGAGUACUGAUAUUUAUGCUAAUUUAACUAUGAUAUUAAAAAAAAAUAAUGUGGAGAAUGAAUCAGAAUCUGUUUUUAAUUUAGAAUUGAAUGUUCAUUAUACAUUAUUUUCAGAAACAUUCUCUUUCAAUUCUAAUCUUAAUAUGAUAAAUGUAAAAUAUAUUCAUAAAUUAAGAUAGAUAACAAAGCCAUUAUCUAUUCUACAAUAGUUUCUGUUCUAAGUGUUAUUUAAUUUAUUAGUUGUCUUAAAUUGAUGAAAGACUUUAUUAAUGAAAAUAGAAUGGCUUCAUAAUUCAGUCUCUUUAUAUUUGUUUUCCUUAUGAUCUUUGAUGGCUAUUUAGGAAUAGUACAUUUCUUCCUUGCAAUAUAAAGUGAAGUAAAUAUAUUAUUUUUUAAUUAGUAUUUCUUAACACCUGCCUUCCUUGAAUUAGUUUUGUUUUUCUUCUUAGAAUUAAAAUUAGCUAAACACAUUUGGUAAGAAAGGUUCAUUAAUCUACAAGAUAAUUAAAAUUUAAGAAGAGAACUUUAUAGAUUUCAUCUAAAAUUUUACUUAUUAGCUAUUAUUGUAGUACUUUUACUUUAUUAUCUUAUUUACUAUAAUAUUUUCUUGGUUGCUAUGAAUCUAUAUUUAUUACCUUAAAUUAUACAUGUAGCAUAUAAAGGAUAAUAUGUAGAAUUUGAUAAAAUAUUUGUUUUUGGUUUAUUGUCAACUAGAUUAUUCAUACCUGUAAUAUAUAUAUUCUAAAUUUUAGAUUUAUUAUAGAGGAUGUCCUUAUAAUAUUCUACAUGCUUAAGUAUCUUAUUUAACAGUAACAAUGAUAAUACUUUUAUUUGCUGCUCAAGUAGUCUUAUAUUAUUAUUAAUGUAAAAUUGGACCAAGAUUUUUUAUACCUAAAUGGCUAAGACCUAAAUCUCAUGAAUAUUUUGUAGAAUAACCUAUAGAUGGAGAAUGUGCAAUAUGCAUUACUUAAUUAACUGAUAUGCCAACUGAAUCUUAAUUAGAAAAUAAGUUUAUUGCCAAAAUAAUUAGUUAGAAUUAGAAUAAAUUAAUGGAGACACCUUGUGUAUAUAUUAUUUAUUAUUUUAGGGUCAUCAUUUUCAUUCCAUUUGUUUAACUAAAUGGAUGAAUGUCAAAUUAAACUGUCCAACUUGUCGUUCCAUACUUCCACCAUUAAUUUGA